AUGCCACGGGGUCAUCAGGCGAGAGUUCGCUCUGCAAGAGCUUUUGCCAGAAACCUCCUACGUCAACUGCGGCCGACAAGAGCAGAGUCAAACGGGGGAGUGAGUGAUCAGGACGACAGGCCAACACGUAAAAAGUACAAACAUUCGGACCGGCAUAAGAGACGCAAGGCAAAACAGCGCGACAUCCAGCAGGAAAUAAAGGGACUGCCGACUCUUUUUGAACUCAAGGAAGUGCUGUAUGAUGAAAAGAAAGCUGUCCAGUUUCUCAUCGGCAAGGGUGUCAUUCAGGUGCCAGAGUACUGUGGCCGAUGCAACAGCGGUGUAAAGCCUGACUGGGAGCACUACCAAAUAAGAUGCCAGAAGACAAAGUGCAUGUACGAAACUCCCCCUGUUCGCUGUGAACUGUGCCCUUGCGACCGAAUGGAGGAAACAACAACACGGCUGGGCGACAAAGGGAAAAAGUGUACGAACGACGAUUGUGGAUGGGAGUGGAGCCCUGGGAAUUGUCACAAGCGGUCUUUCUUUCGGAACAGUGUGCUCGAGAACUGCAAGCUACCCAAGAAUGAGGUUCUGCACUUGAUCUACUUGUGGUUGAACAAGUCGACAAACCUGCAAGUGUGCCAACAACUUGGCUGGGACAGCGAAACGGCAGGAAGGUGGCUGAAAUACUGCCGGCAACUUGUCACGGAGAUGAUUGUCACUGUACCCCACCACAACAACAUGAUCGGUGGCCACGGAACGAUUGUGGAGAUUGAUGAAUCCAAAAUGGCCAAACGAAAGUACAACAGAGGACGACGAGUGAAGGGAAGCUGGGUUCUGGGGAUGGUGGAAAGAACACCGGAUCGCAGAAUGGUUCUUCUGGUAGUUGACGACAGAACCAAGAAGACACUUGAGCACGCAAUCAAGACCUUUGUUCAUCCUGGGAGCAUCAUUCACACCGACAUGUGGAAGGGCUAUAUUGGUCUGGAGCGACUUGGUUACACACACAAGACACUCUGCCACAAAUAUGAGUUUGUUGCAGAGGACGGAACACACACCCAGACAGUUGAAGGAAACUGGACACCGAUCAAGAAGGCCAUUCCGGUCCAGUGUUGA